UGGCGCUCGUAUCUUUGUUAUUAUAAAUAAAGCGGAAGCAAUACGAGUCUAAUUUCUUGUGAAAAAUAUUGUGAUAGACAAUAAAUAAAACUAAAGCCGCAAAUAUUUCUAUACUCUAUACUUAAAAUGCAAUAAUUUUUAUGUUUAUGUUAAAAACUUCAGUUUUCAUAACAAAGUACAAAUGUGCUUGAAAUGCAGUUUUGUACUAAACCAAAAUUUAGUUAACAGUUUUAUUUGAAAUAACUGCUAAGCAAACGCAAGCGAAGUUAUUGCAGUAAACUAGGCUUUAUGAAAAUAAAGUAUAUAAUAACAGAUUUUGAAUACAAAAUUUUUCUUUAAAUUUUUUAUAAUCAUUCAAUUUAUAUCAGCGAUGAGUUUCUGGAAGCCUAUUACUGAUUUUGAAAAAGAAGUUGUGAACGCACAACCGGGUCGGAAUUUCAUAUUUGGGUCCAUAAUGCCAAAAACCAUUUCAAAACAACAUGAAAUUCAGGGGAAGAAACCAUCUUUGAGUUUGUACGAUAAGCAAACACAAAAACUAGCUGCUAUUACAGCUACUGAAAAAAUGACAAAACUAAAGCCUUUGGGUGAAAGAUGCAGAUUAGACGAUUGGAAUAAUGAUGAUAAUGUAGAAAAGGAAAUAAAAUGUAUGGUACAACAUGUUAAAGAAGCUGAAAGAAAAAAAAAUGUUGCAGCUCAAACCAAAAAUAAAACAAAAUCAUUCAAUGAUUUCAAAACACCCGAAACGUCUCACCUUUCUUCUAAAUCUUCUGUCAGUGGUGCAAUAAACAAAAAUAUUCAAAAUAAGAAAGAAGGCGUUUCUGGAAAAUUAUAUACUUUUCUGGAUGACGACUAUUUCAAGUUUCGUGCUCCGAUACCUUCUAUUACUACUAUAAACUUGGACAAAUCCAAGCCAUCUGGUGACAAUAAAUUGCGUGAUGUGUCAGAAGAACACGUUUAGAGUGGUAAUAAGAACGAUGAGAGCUAAAAGGGUAAAUGCAAUGAUAUAUCAAAUACCAGAUUUACACACUGAAGACAAAAAUGCUAUAAUCCUGCCUCUUUUACAUCAGAAGUGAGAAUAUAAAAUGAAAUAUAUUUCAAAUUUAAAUAAAAAUUAUUUUUUUAAAAUGUACAAAAUGAAAA